AUGAAGUGCGCCAAGCCCAACACCGAUCAGAAUUGCACCCUAGUGGUAUGCGCCAAUGGUGUCCCAUGCCCGGAGUACAUCUUACCGACAGAGUCCCACUUCGCCAAACACCCCAUGGAUACUCUGGAGUGCUUCGUUCCGGUGUCACUCGGAGACGUCAUUACACUGAAAGGAGAGUUCAACGGCACAGUAUUGCAUACCUGCUUCGACCUGCUCGCGGAUGGGUCAUUCGUGCUCGACAAGCGCAUUGAAGGAUCCACCGAGGGAGAGCUGAAGUGUUACCAACCGCGGACUCUCAACUACGGAAAGGUGUUCCAUGUUCCAGUGGCGCAGGAUGCAACGGUAGUCGAAGGAGAUAUUGUGGUCAAGCCUCUGAUAAAGGGCGGUCAUCAGCUGCACAAUAUGCUUCAAAGCAUGAAAAGCGAUGGGUACAAGGUGGGUGUUGGCAGUUUGACCGUCGUCGUCUCUCUCAACCAAAAAGUUGAGGAGAAUUUCGUCAUGAAAUAUGACGAUAUGACUUGCGGCUCCUGGUUCGAGCGGACCGGAGACAUCAUCUCGAAUGGCGGCAUAGAGCCCGAUUACGAACUCGCUGUCAGAACUACCAACGGCAAUGUUGCUCUCGACAAGCAGGCGAAACACAGACGCCACUUUCAGCAGACACGGUUCGGCAAAGAGCCGUGGGCUACUUUCAUCUUCUACUACCGCAGCAAGCACAUCAUCAAAGCUGCAGGAGCCAUACCACGGCCAGAUCGGUGGCAGAAGUUGGUGACUAAAGAGGGAGAAGAGUUUGUGCAUGUUGAUCCCACGCCUAGCAAGCGACUUGGAGGAUCAGCUCAAGGAGUGAAGCAGGGUGUUCGGGGGUUGCAUAGUGGAGAAGAGGCGGAUGCAGGCGAAUCAAGCGAGUGGGUGAACAUCGACGACUUUUCACCAGGAUCAGCCUCACGGCCUGCCAACCGCCGGCCAGCCAAGCAGCCAGAGCUUGUGCCGGCGCCGGAGAGGUCGCCAGGUGAAGAGUCGGAUGGUCUGUUCGUAGGCCAGGACACAUCGCUGCCUUUGCGUCCUUCUCCAAGCUUUGAGGACCUCCCACAUGGUCAUGACAAUGACUAUAGUGGCGGCUAUCAGCUCGAUGAGCAGGAGAACGACCUCUUCGGCCCAGAGCCCUUCCAGCAGAUGGCAACACCGACUACAGCAGCAUCGCCAGCCUUAUCGUCACCGAGAAGCGGCGUAUCGACUGGUGUGAACUCUGCAGCUGGAAAAGCGAGCUAUAGCGCUACGCCGGGUCCAUACACUCUUCUCCAGCCUCGAAAGCCCUUUCACGCCACUUCACCGACUGUGAAACCACCAACCGCCAGCAGCCCUGCAGAGAAGAGCCCCUUCAACGGCCUAAAUCUCGGCAACAGCAUCCUCGGUGCCAAAUCCAAGGCCAAGCUGACUUCUCCUUCCCCACGGUAUGAGAUCUCAUAUGAGGAGAUCAGGUCUCUGGCUUCCCCAGGCGGCUCCAUCCCCUUGGAGAAGCUCGCACAGUACUGCGACGACCACGCCAUCCCCCAAAACGUGGGGUUGAUGACUGCACAGGAGAUCUGCUUCAAGAGCGGGCCAGAUUUCGUCCUCAUGCAGGCGGCGGACGGAUCGAGCUGGCGCGGCAGCCCGAUCGGGCAGCAGCAUGGCGCGGGCAAGGGUAGAGAGGGGUCACCGCUGUUUGUAGGGCAGGAAGGCGAUGGUGCUGCUUGUGAGACUGAACAACAACCAGCUCAGCAGAAGACUGGGGAUCAAACGACCAUGGCUCCUCCGCCGCUUCUCCCACGCAAAGGCCCUAAGCACGCCACCACACCCUUUGCAGCGCUCCCAAAAGCCACCUCUUCAGCUCGAGAAACGGCUCCACCGAUGGCAGCACCAGCCGCCCCUUCUCACUCUCCGGACCUCUCUCUCAAGCGCUCAGCAGCCACCAUGGCAUCAUCUGCUCGUUCGGAGAACUCGCCAGCCAAGAAGCCAAAGACGGACACAGAGUCCCACGAGGAAAGGAUGGCAAGGAUGAAGGCAGAGCUGGAUGAGAAGAAAGCAAAGAUCGCCGCGGAACAGGAGAGGCUGGAGAAGGCCAAAGAAGCGAGGAAGGCGGAGAAGGCUGCUCGCAAGAAGGCGAAGCUGGAAGCCGAGGAGAGGGCGAAGAGGGAGGAAGUGGAGAGGCUGAGGAAGAUGGCGGAGGAGGCUGAGAGGUUGGCGAGGGAGAAGAGGGAGAGGGAGGCGUAUGAGGAGUUGGUGAGGCAGAACCGGGAGGCGGAGGAGGAACUGAGGAGGAUGGAGGAGGAGAUGGUGGUGGAUGAGGAGGAUAGUGAUGAUAAUGAGUGA